AUGGGACCUCGUAGUAACAGACAGAUCCUUACACAGGGGAAGAAUUAUGUGGCAAAACAGGCGAAGAAAUAUGGUGCCGAUGAGGUGAAUUUCGACAAAGACUCCAGGCUGAACUAUCUGACCGGCUUCCACAAGCGAAAACUAGAGAGACAGAAGAAAGCACAGGAGUUCAACAAAGAGCAGGCAAGGCAGAUGAAAGUGGAAGAGCGUAAGAAAAUGAGGGAGCAACGUAAAAAGGAUGCGGAAGAACAGAUGCGAAAGUUUAAGGAAACCAUGAAGGAAGUCGGCGACUACGUGGGGUCGGACGACGAAUUUACCAGCGACAAAAAAGAGCAGGGCCAGGCGAGUGACCAAGAAGAAGACCAGGACGCCGAAACGCCCUGGGAUGGGUUUUCAGACAACGAUGACAGUGGUUCAAAGUCAGAGCACCACGUGAAGCCUAUUCUUAAGAAAACUCAAGAGCACUAUGAGGACGACACGCAAGUGGACAUCGAGCCUCUAGAACCGAACGAGAACUUCGCGUAUCUGGCAUCGCGGAACAACGUCAAGCUCGAAAAGUCUGCCGAAGUGUUGGACGAGAGCAUUGAGCGUGCUGCCAAAUACGCAAAGUUCCUUGGAAUGGAUGACAAGCCUAAGAAGAAGAAGAAGUUCAGGUACUUGACCAAGUCUGAGAGAAGACAAAACCAGAAAAAAGCGAAUAUGAACAAGCGCAGAAAAUAG